AUAGGGCUCGUGCCAUCGGCGAUGCGCCACGCGCCAUUCUCUUCGGAAGUUUCAGGAAAUAGCCAGACGGAUAUGGCUGCGAUUGCAGCUUCUGCUGCUGCUUCCCUCUCGAGCUCGUUUCUCCCGGUCCAAGGCGGGUCCACUCGGGGGCUGGUUGCGAGGAAGACCAAGAGACAAUAUCUACUAAAGGCUGGUCCAGUUAAAAUAACUGCCAAAUUUGAACUGAAGCCUCCUCCAUAUCCCAUGGAUGCCCUGGAACCGCAUAUGAGCCGUGAUACACUGGAGUACCACUGGGGAAAACAUCACCGAGCUUAUGUGGAUAACUUAAAUAAGCAAAUAGUGGGAACAGAAUUGGAUGGAAAGACAUUAGAAGACGUAAUCCUUGCUACAUACAACAAGGGCGAUCUCCUACCUCCCUUCAAUAAUGCUGCACAAGCAUGGAAUCAUGAGUUCUUCUGGGAGUCCAUGAAGCCAGGUGGUGGAGGAGAGCCUUCUGGAGAACUACUACAGCUUAUUAAGAGAGACUUUGGUUCUUUUGAAGAAUUUGUUAAAGAGUUAAAAGCAGCUGCAGCCACACAAUUUGGCUCCGGUUGGGCUUGGCUUGCAUAUAAAUCAAAUAAACUUGAUGUGGGUAAUGCAGAAAAUCCUCUCCCAUCAGAGGAGGACAAGAAGCUAGUAGUGGUGAAGAGUCCUAAUGCUGUGAACCCCCUUGUCUGGAAUUACUCACCACUUCUUACCAUUGAUGUCUGGGAGCAUGCUUACUACCUUGACUUUCAGAACCGACGACCUGAUUAUAUAUCAACGUUUCUGGAGAAGCUUGUAUCCUGGGAAGCAGUCAGUUCUAGACUAGUAAAGGCAAAGUCUGGAGCUGCUUAAAGAUGAAAAGGAGCCAAAAGGAAGAAUUGAGAACAAGGAGAGAAGAAAACGGCAGGUAUUGAACCUGCGGGGAUUAUAUGCAAGGACAAUGGCAAGUAUGAUUCUUGCUAUCUUCAUCUUGUCAUUGUUUUCCAUAGUGUAAACUUGGAGUUGAGUGGUGUAGUACACGAUCUGAAUAAUGUUGAUUAUGUAUCAAGUAGCUUUCUUUGCCUAUAGUAGCUAUGAACAUUAAGUAGUUCUGUUUUACCCCAAAGUUUCACGCAUUGGAAGUUCCAUUGUUAAUGUAACAAAUAUUUGAGAGGGUUCCAAGGGCCAUGAAA